AUGGGUACUCUUCAGUCUGCCAUACUAGCACUUAUCAUGAACAAGUCCAUUGCGUGGAGAGUGAAUUCGAACUUCGAGUUAUUCACUUGUGCUUAUAGUGGUAUUUUGGGCACAGUCUUAUCAUUCUUUUUACUAAGUUGGUCCCGCAAAGAAAAAGGCCCUGUUUAUAUAGCGGCAUUCGCUCCUUUGAGCACAGUAAUAGUGGCUAUUCUUGAACCCAUAACUCUUCGUGUGGAUCUUCACAUUGGAAGUGUGGUCGGCAUGGUUGUGGUAUUUUGCGGGCUUUACAUUGUGCUUUGGGGUAGAGCCAAGAAUGACAAUGGAAAGCAAAAGAUCUUGCCGAUUCAAAUUCGAGAUGAAUGUUCUCAAAAUGUGGAAGAAACUGAGGGGAAAAUGAAUGUAGUUGAGAUGAAGGAAGCGGAUAAAAUUGGAAACAAAUGCAACAUUGGGAUUGCAGGACCCACCACUCUGCAAGUGUAA